AUGGUUUGCCUUUGCGAGGAACACCAAUAUAUAUACGACCAGACCGACAGCUGUGUACGGGACCUUGAUCACCCCGUGGGCUUACAGGAAGCCUGGAUAGUCUACAACUACAAUGCGGUCGUGUCCUAUAUUGCAGAUUUCUGCAGCUUUGAGCCCGCCCUCUUGGCAACGGCGUCGGGAAGUGGUGGCGACGCGACAGUAGCUCCCACAAGUCGGCCGAAUGAGACGACUAGAAGACAUCCUUCAGAUGGGAGUGAUUUUAUGGUGUCGCCGUCUGUUCAGGAGGACACCCUACGCCCUUCAUAG